GUGGCAGGGACACUGCGCCCAGGCUGCCAGGGCUGCAGGCAGCAGGACAAACCGCAGUGGUCAGUGCAGGAGCAGCAGCCGAGUGCCCGGGAGAGGUCAUGGCCAGGAUGCUGAAGGGCCCGGUGUUGGAGGAGUCGGAGUGGGGCUCCGAGGCGCCAUGCGCGGGGUCCUGCCACGCGCAGCGUGUCCUGCAAACCCUGAACACGUACCGGCGGAGUGGCAUCCUCACCGACGUGGUGCUGCGAGCCGGUGGCCGCGACUUCCCGUGCCACCGCGCGGCGCUUAGCGCGGGGAGUGCCUACUUCCGCAGCUUGUUCGCGGCCGGGCGGCCAGAGCGUGGCCUGGCCGUGGUGCUCGUGGUGCCCGAGGCGCCAGGCCCGGCCGGGACAGCGGUGGCGACGGCCCUGGCCGUAGUGCUCGACUACGUGUACUGCGCGGGCGUGCGGUUGCGCGCCGAGGACGAGGCGGCCGCGGUGCUGGCGCUGGCUGAGCGGCUGGGCGUGGCGGGCCUGCGCGAGGCCUGCGCGCGCUUCCUCGAGGGUCGCCUGCGCGCCGCUAACAGCCUGGCGCUGCGCCGCGUGGCCGCCGCCUUCUCCCUCGCCUCUCUGGCUGAGCGCUGCGGCCGCGUGCUGCGCCAGGCGUUCGCCGAAGUGGCGCGCCACGCUGACUUCCUGGAGCUGACGCCUGACGAGGUGGCCGCGCUGCUGGCAGACCCCGCGCUGGGCGUGGCGCACGAGGAGGCUGUGUUCGAGGCGGCCAUGCGCUGGGUGCGCCACGACGCGCCGGCUCGCCGCGGCCAGCUGCGGCGCCUGUUGGAGCACGUGCGACUGCCCCUGCUGGCGCCCGCCUACUUCCUGGAGAAGGUGGAGGCCGAUGAGUUGCUGCAGACCUGCAGCGAGUGCCGCCCGCUGCUGCUAGAGGCCCGCGCCUGUUUCAUCCUGGGCCGCGAGUCUGGAGCACUUCGAGCCCGGCCGCGGAGAUUCAUGGACCUAGCUGAAAUGAUCGUGGUCAUCGGUGGUUGUGACCGAAAGGGGCUCCUGAAGCUGCCCUUCGCCGACGCCUACCAUCCAGACAGCCGGCGCUGGACCCCACUGCCCAGCUUGCCCGGCUAUGCUCGCUCGGAGUUCGCGACGUGUACUCUCCGCAAUAACAUCUAUGUUUCUGGAGGCCAUAUCAACAGCCGUGACGUGUGGAUGUUCAGCUCCCACCUGCACACCUGGAUCAAGGUGGCCUCGCUGCACAGAGGCAGGUGGAGACACAAGAUGGCGGUGGUGCAGGGGCAGCUGUUUGUAGUGGGCGGCUUCGAUGGCCUGCGUCGACUGCGCAGCGUGGAACGCUACGAUCCCUUCUCCAACACCUGGGCGUCCGCGGCCCCGCUCCCCGAGGCAGUAAGCUCAGCCGCUGUGGCUCCCUGCGCCGGCCGGCUCUACGUGAUCGGGGGCGCUGGGCAGGAUGGAGUCAGCACCAACAAGGUGCAGUGCUUUGAUUCCAAGGAGGACCGGUGGAGCCUGCGGUCACCAGCACCCUUCUCGCAGCGGUGCCUUGACGCUGUUUCCCUGGAGAACAUCAUCUAUGUGGUUGGCGGCCUUAUGAGCAAAAUCUUCACCUACGACCCUGGCACAGAUGUCUGGGGGGAGGCAGCUGUCCUCCCCAGCCCUGUGGAGAGCUGUGGCGUGACUGUGUGUGAUGGGAAAGUCCACAUCCUCGGCGGGCGGGAUGAUCACGGGGAAAGCACCGACAGGGUCUUCACCUUUGACCCCAGCAGUGGGCAGGUGGAGGCCCAGCCGUCCCUGCAGCGCUGCACGAGCUCCCAUGGCUGCGUCACCAUCGUCCAGAGCCGGGGCAGGUGA